AUGGCUGCCCUCCAUGGGGUUGUGAAGCUGUGGCUGUGUGAGCUGUGGCUGUUCCUGCUGGUUUCCUGCGUGAGUGUGCCCUUUUUGCCGCAGGAAGAGGACGUUGACUUUAUCAAUGAAUACGUGGACCUCCAUAAUGAACUCCGGGGAGAAGUCUAUCCCAGAGGGUCCAACCUGCGCUUUGUGACCUGGGAUGUAGCUUUAUCACGAACUGCUAGAGCCUGGGGGAAAAAAUGUGUGUUUAAACGAAACAGUCAUUUAGAAGACUUAAAAAUGUCCCAUCCUGUUUUUAAUGGUAUUGGUGAAAAUAUGUGGGUUGGGCCUGAAAAUGAGUUUACUGCAAGUAUUGCCAUCAGAAGUUGGUUUGAAGAGAGGAAAAAGUAUAAUUUUGAAAAUGACAGUUGCUCUGGUAACUGUUCUCAUUAUGUUCAGCUUGUUUGGGACAACUCUUACAAAGUUGGUUGUGCUGUUACCGCAUGUCCAAGAAUUGGAAAUAUUAUACAUGCAGCACUUUUCAUAUGCAAUUAUGCACCAGGAGGCACUCUAACAAGAAGGCCUUAUCAAGAAGGAGUAUUUUGUACUCGCUGUGGCCAUCGUGACAAAUGCACAGAUCGUCUAUGCAGUAAUGCAGAUCGUGACCAAGCCAUAUAUUACCAAUUUUGGUAUCCAAGUUGGGAAGAUCCUCGGCCAGUUGUGUGUAAUCCACUGUGUUUGUUUAUUUUAUUACUGAGAAUACUGUGUUUUAUUCUAAGUGUUGUAAUUGUAAUGAUAGUACAGCCUCACUUUCCAAACAUCCUGUUGGAAAGACAGAUGGUAUUUACCCCUGAAGGCUCUGAAAGAAGGAAAAUGACCCAACAAACAAAAAUGGAGACAGAAGAAGAGGAAAUAAAAUCAUCAGAGGAAGAGGAAGAGGAAGAGGAAGAGGAAGAGGAAGACAAGGAGGAAGAUAUAUCAGAAACAUAA